AUGACCACUACGCCUUUGGAUAGCAUAGUUGACAGCAUAAUAAGUUCGAUAGAAACUACAUCAAAAUCCGUGGAUUCUCUCAUAGAAAAUAUAGAUCGCUAUGGAAAUGAAUAUCCAGAAUUGGUUCGCCACCUCAAGCAGAGCGUGGAUAACAAAAAGCUGGCCAAUAACCCAGAAGGAAUGUCCCUUUUGUCAUUAAAAAACUCAUCUUUACUCGGGUAUUUGAACUCUAUUAUGUGUGUGAUUGGGAGAAGGUUGGGCAGUGUGAAACAGUCGAGAGACGUUAGUAUAGCUGAUGAUAAAGAACGAGAAAAGGCUGUGCAAAGUUCGGUUGUUCAUAGAGUCACUCUUGAUAAAGGUAUCAAGCCGUUAGAGAAGAAGUUGAGUUAUCAACUUGAGAAGUUGAUAGAUGCUUAUAGAAGACGUGAGCACGAGCAGACCGCUGCUCAUGAAAAGAAGUCAGACAAAAUCAACGAAGAGAGUGAGCUUGACGACGAAGACGAAGAUGAGGCACUGAGAUUCAGACCGAAUGCUUCUGCUUUGAUCAACAGGUCUUCUAAACCCCAUGAAAUGUCUGUCGAGAGUAUCACUACGACAGAUAAAUAUAGACCUCCUAAGAUUAGUGCGGCACUACCACCAAGUACAGCUGGUAAUGAUGGUGAAAAGAAGAGAGAAGGAAGGCAGAGAAAUUUGCAGAGUAUGGAUGAAUACCUACAAGAUAUUGGUGAUGCCCCUGAAGUGGAGGAAUCCAUUGGAGCUACAAUCACCAAUAGUGGUAGAGACAUCAAAACCAAAAAGCAGAUGGAAAAGGAACAGAAUAUUCAGAGAUAUGAGGAAGAUAAUUUUGUGAGGUUACCUGCUGGUAAGAGUAAAGAGAGUAAGAGGGAAAGGUCUAAAAGAAUGAGAGAUGAGUUCUUUGGAGAAGACUGGAGUAUGUUUGAUAAUAACAGGGACAUUGGUAACACAACUACAUCAAAAAAAAGAAGAAAGAAACAGAACGCAUGGCAGAAGGCCAAGAGAAGUAUGGAGUAA